AUGAAGACGAACAGCAGCAGCAUUGUCUCUAAGAGGAGUGUAGAACGCAUCUAUUACCCGCAUGAACCCCAUUUCUUCCGCUUCUUCGUUAAGAAGUUCCAACGGCGAGCUCCUCUCAUUAAUCGUGGCUACUUUGUCCGGAUGCACGUAAUCGACCUGGUCGUUCGCCAGUUCCUCGAGAGGCCGUCCGAGAAGACCAAGGUGGUGGUAAACCUGGGUUGCGGGAGCGAUGUACUCCCGUGGCAGUGUAUGGCCAGAUACCCCGAGCGCUGCCGGAAUGCGAAAUUUGUAGACGUUGAUUUUCCCGACCUGAUAGAAAAGAAGCGGCGGGUCGUCCAGGAAACUCAGGAACUCAGCUCCCCGUUGACCAGCCUGAAGACUAACACGGGAGCCCACAUCUUGCUGCAGAGCGACCAGUAUGUCCAGAUUGGCUGCGAUCUGCGCUACAUACCCGAUGUAGAAGCGGCGCUUUCGAGCUUCGUCGACAUACCCCAAUGCGAGUUUAUGUUUGUAGCAGAAGUCUCCAUCACUUACAUGGAGACCGAAGCUGCGGAUUCGGUCAUCCGGUGGGCGAGCGGCCUUGGACAAGCUGAAUUUUGUCUGCUCGAGCAAAUUAUUCCGGAUGGCGACGACCAUCCAUUUGCAAAGACGAUGUUAAGCCAUUUUGAGAAGCUGAAGACUCCGCUGAAAUCCGUCUUCACGUAUCCCGACCUCCGAGAUCAGCGUGUCCGGUUCUCCAGUCGAGGUUGGUCCUUUGUUGAGGCGAAUAGUCUCUGGCAAAUAUGGUCGGAUGAUCGGUGGCUCAGCGCCCACGAGAGAGGAAGACUCGAUGGUGUCGAGCCGUUUGACGAGUGGGAAGAAUUCGCUCUUUUUUGCGGCCACUACUGCCUAGUCCUCGCAAAGACCGGCCCGGAAAGUCCGCCAACGUCUCGCCAAACCUCGAAUCCUCGGGGGGAUCUCAAUAUAUCCCUGUCUUCCACGCAGGCAAAUUUCAACGAAUACUCGGGGGCUCGGGGCCAACGUCGAUUCGGCGCCGUGCUGAAAUUAAGGAACUCUCUCGGGGAGGAGUUCUUGGCUAACACAUUUGGACUCGGCACAAAUACGCGGUUAAGGUCAUAUGAUGUUUACACAAAGGGCCCGCCUGUACGAGAUGUCACCGUGAGCCACACGGGUCCGGGUGGCCGCAUGUGUCACACCAUCACCAGCCUGGGCCACCACGGGAAUCUGCUCGUAGGUGGUAGGACUUCGCCAUCCACAGCCAUGAGAGACUGCUGGGUAUUGGACAAGGGAACCAAUGCAUGGAAACGAACAAACGACCUCCCAUUACCCCUCUAUCGACACGGGAUAACAAGGCUCGGUCGCUCGAGUCUAGCCCUUUUGGUUGGCGGGAAAUCCGAUUCGUUGACGAUUUUUGACGGGUGCCUCCUGUAUCAGCCAGGUUCCGGCUGGACGGAGUGCGAGAUGUUGGGGUCAGAAUACGUGCCAGUAUUCGGUUGUUUACUAGCCAGUUCACGGGAAGCAACCUUCUCCGCGGCCGAUUCCCGUGUCCAGUUUCAUGGAAUUCUAGCUGGCGGUAUCUCUCGUAAUGGCACGGUUGCGAGUCAAAUUUUACGAUGGAUUUUAACACUCACAGAAAAUGGCAAACCCUUGAUUUCAUUCACAAUUUUGUCUAGCUUGAACUCCCCGGACUGCUUAGGACAGGGCACCAGUGGUACCAACGGCCCCGACAACCUAAUCAACCGUUUUGGUGCCUCUGGUCUCGUUUCCUCUGAGGGGCACCUGAGCGUGAUUGGAGGAAUCAUCACCAAUGAUGCGGUCACACGAGACCACGAUAUCCUAAUCGUGCGUGUCUUGGGCACUGAGUAUUGCCUUCAUUCAGCCUCCCGAAUAACGGCUGCCCCUCGACCGUUGCUGAUAGGCGUUUCAGCUGACUUCACUGACGAUGGUAAGUUAAUUAUCAUGGGCGGUGGGGCUACGUGCUUUUCUAUGGGGACAUACUGGAACUCGGGAUGUUAUACUCUGAGAUACCGUCUCGCGACCGUCAACCACGAGCCGGCGGAGCCGUCAUAUCACGACGGCCAGUGGGGAUUCUCCAAGGUUAUCGAAAUCACAGAUGAGGUAGAGUCACAACGCGCCUACGUCACUACGCCCACCGAGCACGGCACCGCUGCUGCGGUCGAUAUACCGAAAACCCGGGUCACCACGGCGGCCGAGUUUGCAGCUGUGUUGAAGGCUGGCAAGCCCGUGAUUCUCGAUGGAGGCGACUUGGGUGGCUGUACUAGGACCUGGUCAUCGGAUUACAUCGUACAACAAUUGGGCUUCGACCGAGAGGUAAUCGUCCAUGAAGCUGGAAGCUCCAAGAUGGAUUUCAAUAGCAAGAACUUUUCCUACGUAACGAAAAAGUUGGGCGAAGUAAUACGGGAGAUUGAAAACGGCCAUACGUUAUAUCUGAGAGCACUUUCGGAGAAUGGUCCAGCCAGCCAGCCCGCUAAUAUACAGACCGACUUCCCGCGACUAGCCGCCGACUUUCGACUGCCUGAUGCACUGGCAUUCAUCAAAGAGAAUCUAUUCAGCUCUGUUUUGAGAAUAACAGGCCUUGUUAACAUGUGGUUGCACUACGAUGUUAUGGCGAACGUGUAUUGCCAAAUAUUGGGCUCGAAGAAGUUCGUUCUGUUCCCGCCGUCAGACAUUGGCCAGCUUUCGUUCCCCCCGGGCUCGUCCAGCUCUAGUGUGGAUGUUUUCUCCGAGCUCGAAUCGCCAUCUCUAGCCGAAACUCACCCUCACAAAGCUGUAUUAAAGCCAGGUGACAUAUUAUAUCUCCCACCCCUCUGGAUGCAUACUGCCGCUCCGAUGGACAAAUUAGGCGUUGCUGUCAAUGUCUUCUUCCGCAACCUCGAAACUGGCUACUCACCCGGAAGGGAUAUCUACGGAAACCGAGAUCUUCUAGCGUAUGAAAAGGGCCGUCGGGAUGUUGCGCGUAUCGCCAGCUCGUUUAACAGACUACCCCCGGACAUGCGGGAGUUUUAUAUUAGACGGUUAGCGGAUGAGCUUGCCCAUAAAACACUCGACUAA